CCCGGACCUAUGAAGAAGGCUCUCCCUCCCCUCCAGCCUGCUCGGCACCUCCCUGCCACCAUGGGCUGCAAGCUCCACGCUAUGUUGUUGUGUUGAUAUUGAGAUAUUUCAGUAAUCAAAUAUGAAUCAUGCAUCUGAUAUUUCUGGCCACUUUGCUCGUCAGCAUCCUCCCGCUUUGGUUUCACGCAUCACUGGCGUCAUCCGUUUCUCUUAGAGCAGAGGACAAGGUUGAGAGGGACGCAGUGCCGGUGAAGCAACAGGCAACUGCAGCAACCGCUAUUGAAAACACAACACACCAUGCAGCCGAGCAUGUGAUCACCUUCCCAUCCCGCCUAAUCUACUACCUAAACGAGGGCUCAGAGAGCACCUACCAUGACCUGGACACGAAAGUCAGGAGCCAAGCCAGUGACGGUCAGGCAAUUCACCUUGCUCAGGUUAGCUUCCAGCUGGAAGCCUUUGGCGCCCGAUUUGUUCUGGAUCUAACAUUGAACAAUGACCUCCUGUCUUCAGAUUAUGUCGAGAUCCACUACGAGGGGGGUAAACCUGUCAUCUCAAAGGGCGGGGAACACUGUUACUACCACGGCCAGGUGAGAGGGAACGAAGGCUCCCGCGUGGCCUUAUCUACCUGCAACGGGCUGCAUGGGAUGUUUGACGAUGGAGCCCAUGUGUAUGUAAUGGAGCCGCUACAACAGACUCAUUCAAUUUACGCAGCUGGAAGGCCUCAUCAGCUCAGAAGAAGUGCAUCGCUUCAGUGGACAAAUGACUCACGAGAGCCGGUGGGGGAAGAGCAGCUCUUCUCGGCGCUCGGUGACUUGUCCUGGCUGAAGCGCAGGAAAAAGCGAGCCAUCUCUGUAUUUGAGGAGAUGAAAUAUUUGGAGAUCAUGAUUGUUAGUGACCACAGCAUGUACAAACGACACAAAACCAUGCAGUACACCAGGAAUUUUGCCAAGUCGGUGGUGAAUCUUGUGGACGCUGUCUUCAAAGAGCAGCUGCGAACACGCGUGGUGCUCGUCGCUUUGGAGACCUGGACAGACAAAGAUCACAUUCCCGUCAGCGUGAGGCCGCUGGAAGUGCUGCGUGAUUUCUCCAAGUACCGCCAGCAGAGCAUUAAGCACCACGCAGAUGCCGUGCACCUCUUCUCAAACGUGACCUUUCACUACCGGAGAAGCAGCGCCGCCUACUUUGGGGGCAUGUGCUCUGUGAGCCGUGGAGUUGGGGUCAAUGAGUACGGCAGCGCCUGGUCCAUGGCAGGCUCUUUAUCCCAGAGCUUGGCUCAGAAUCUGGCCAUCCAGUGGGACCCUGCAUCCAAAAGAAAGGAAUGUGGUUGCACUGAUUCGUGGAUAGGCUGCAUAAUGGAGGACAUUGGUGUCCAACACCCACGAAGAUUCUCCAAAUGCAGCAUCUCGGACUAUAAAGAGUUCCUCCUGAAAGGUGGCGGCUCUUGUCUGUUUAACAGGCCGACAAAGCUCUUCGAGGCCACCGAGUGUGGAAAUGGAUUUGUGGAAGUAGGAGAGGAGUGUGACUGCGGCGCAAGAGCGGAAUGUUACAAGGGAUGCUGCAAAAAAUGUUCCCUGGCCAGUGGGGCGCACUGCAGCGAUGGCCCCUGCUGCAAUAACACGUGCCUGUUCUUCCCACGGGGUUACAGUUGCCGCUACGCUGUGAAUGACUGCGAUAUCUCCGAGACCUGCUCUGGGGACUCUGGACAGUGUCCUCCCAAUCUGCAUAAACAAGAUGGUUAUCUGUGCCAGGUAAACCAGGGUCGCUGUUACACGGGGGAGUGCAAGACCAGAGAGAACCAGUGCAGAUACAUCUGGGGACCAAAGGCUGGGGGCUCAGAGAAGUUCUGCUACGAGAAGCUAAACACAGAGGGCACAGAGAAGGGCAACUGUGGAAGGGAUGGCGACAACUGGAUCCAGUGCAGCAAACAUGAUGUUUUCUGUGGUUAUCUUUUGUGUACCAACAUCGGCCGCGUCCCACGGAUUGGAACAAUGAAAGGCGAUAUCACCCCCAACUCUUUUAACCAUCAAGGCAGGCUGAUACACUGCAGUGGUGGACAUGUUCUUUUGGAUGAUGAGACCGAUUUAGGCUACGUGGAUGAUGGGACUCCUUGUGGGCCGUCCAUGAUGUGCCUUGACCACAAGUGUCUCUCUAUCCAGUCACUCAACAUUAGCACUUGCACCAUUGGACCAAAUGGACAAGUGUGUUCUGCCCAUGGGGUGUGCAACAAUGAAGCCACAUGCACUUGUGACACUACCUGGGCGGGGACGGACUGCAGUAUGCCCGACCCUCCAAAAGCACCCGACACAACGCCAACUCAAGGACCCAAGGGUCCUAGUGCCACCAAUCUAAUAAUAGGUUCCAUUGCCGGAGCCAUCCUUGUGGCUGCCAUAGUGCUGGGGGGGACUGGAUGGGGUUUUAAAAAUGUGAAGAAACGACGGUACGACCCCAACGCCUCAGCCAUUUAAACCUGCAGGGGAAGAUGCCAAUCACAGAUGGACUUCUUCAAGGCUUCCUUUGUUGGCUACCAGACAGCUGGACUGCACUUAACUGCUGCUGACUUUUGGCAUUAGAUUUACUUGAAUAAUAAUGACAACUACAAAAAAAAUAUAGUGGACAUUUUAACAAAUUCCAUUGUAGUGACUUUAGACGCGCAGCCUUUUAGCCUUUCACAUCACGCAUAACCCACCCUCCAACGCAACCUGAUCUCUGGAAUGACAGAGAUCCUCUACCAUUUUUUGGAUUUCGUGCCAGUCUCACACCUGACAUGAUUUUACACGCUCAUAAAGUGCUUCUUUCUGGUCCUCCGGCAUGAAGAGCUCCUCUCCACGGGGUUCUGCAUGGCUACGUAAGCUAUGAAUAUACAGCAAAAAAACACCCAUCUCAAGAGAAAGGGAAGCAUCUCUUGUGGAAAACAAUUGCAUGUGAGGCGGGCCGCUCGAUGAAUUGUAAAUAUAAUAAGGAUUUCAGGUUUGAAAUGAUUUCCUUCAUGUCUUUUUGUUUUUUUUUACCUUAGCAUGUUUUAUAGCAAGCUAUUGGAACACCUUUGUUAUGAUUUGGGGCACAAAAUGUAACCUUCAGAGCCUCGCUGUGUGGGGUCAAAGGUGAACGAGCGAGACGGGAGGGAAGAAGCGCGUCAGCUUUAGUGAGAUGGAGUCCAAUAAGCGGCCCCUGCGGCAGUAUUUUCCAGCGUGACUCAAAAAGCCAAAGAACCUAAUCACCAUGAACAUAUGGAUGUUGCACACAGAGCACUUUGCCCUCUGUCUGCCUCGCGUCGCGAUGCGAGGCCAUCAAGUCCCGACACGCGACCAACCAGGGCUCACCCAUCCACACGCACGGCAUCAGGCUUCAGCCUUUUACACUCAUAAACUCCUAGUAGGAACCGAGUGUCCCGGGAUCGCUGCAUGCAAUCACUAUUGUAUCGUGGGCUUAUUAUAAUUCUAUAUAGGAGUCCCCCAGAAGCUGUAAGAAAAUAUGCUACAAAAAGAUAGGUGCAUGUCAACAACGAAACAUUUAACUUUUAUUUACUAUGCAAAGAGAGAUAUUGCACAAGUGUAUGGGUAAUAAAGGAGUCAGCUAGUCAUUGUUUAUACUUGGUCGGUCCUUCGUCUUCUUUCAUUUUGCUUGAACUGGAGUCAUGCCGGCCAUAAGUAAGCAACAGAAAACACCUCUUUACAUUUGUGGAAGUCGUGUGUGUGUGUGUGUGCGUGUGUGUAUGUGUGUGUGCGUGUGUGUGUGU